CUCACGAAACGGGUCUGCUGGGCGUACCCCCUCUAUUUUAGAGGCCUUGGGAUCUUCACCAUGAUGCCUGGUGAGACUAACUCCAAGCCAGUUGGCAUCGCUUCAGAGGCUGCUGGUGCCUGUCAGAACUGCACAGCCUUGCAACAGAGUCUAAAUGAAUAUGUGACAGCCUUGCUUGGACUAAAGCAAAGAAUUAUAGACUCAGACCACAUGCUGGCAGAAUAUCAACAGAAAUGUGAAGAGCUUCAGUUUACCAAAAGGGAAAAUGAUACUUUACGGUGUCAGCUUGAGCAGGUAUUACAAAAAGUGUCUCCACAAGAACAACACCAGGAGGAUGUAAAAUCUUUAAGAGCUGAACUGGAAGAGAAGACGUAUUCUCUCAAGAUUUAUCAGCAGACAGAAAUUGAAUACACACGUGUUAAAGAGGAGUGUGAUAAAAGUAAUACAGCCAAAAAAAAAUUGGAAUCAAAGUUAAAGAGGAUGGAAGAGGUCUCUGUAAAGCAUUUCCAAGACUUUAAAAAGCUGAAAAUGGAAAAGAAGGCUCUUGUAAAAGAACUCAAAAAGAUGCAGAAUAAACUCGCGUGUUCCAAAAAUGGAAAGCUCAGAAAAGCAACGAAAAAUGCGCAGACCCAAAUUGUGAAUGAUGAGCCUGUUGUCAGCGUUGACAAAAGAAAAAUUAAGUUUCUUCUGGAAGAGCUUUGGGGAUGUAUUGACUCUUCACCAAAUGAAAGCCAGUUUCAUUUUCAGCUGUUGGAUGAACAUCUUCACAUCGCUCAAGAGCUGAAGGCCACUGACCAUAAGAAUGGAAGAAGAGCUAGAACUCAGAGGAGUUCUGAUGAAAAUAAAAUUACCCCGAAUCACAGCAGCCCUUUUACCAUAAAUGAGUUGUCGGCAGCCCCAGCAGAAUUGCCAGUUAUAACGGGAUCAAAUGAAUCUAAAGGCCCAACGAUUCCUGAAGAAACUGUAGCAGAAUGUAAUGGUGACAGUGCCUUCUAUGAAGAAAAGACUCCAGAUUAUUUGGUCCCAGAUUUAGCAGACAGCUACUCGCUCAGCACUGAUCAUGGGAAAAUGACCAAUGAAUUUCUGGAAUUGCUUGACUGGGCAAGACCUCUUCCACCUCUGUUGUCACCUAUUACAUUUUCACCAUCAGCAUCACAGGAUACGUUGUUUGGAGAAUACACAGAUUCUAGUUAUGAGGAGGAAGGAGGCAGUACAGAAGGAUCUUUUUUAAGAAGCAAAAUGGAAUAUCUUAAUUCAAGUGCAAACCAAAUUUGCUCUAAAGAACAAACAAACUUAAUUGAUGUUUGUGAAAGAGUGAAUGAAAGUAACUAUUUUUUGAAGAGGAGGAGAAAAGCUCAUUUAGACUUUCCCAAGCAAAUUAGCAAAAAUAUAGAAAAAGAUGCAUGCCCUAGCUUUAGCCAUGAACCCAUAGAAACUACAGGACUGAAUGAUGAGCAAAAAGUAUUGACUGAUAACUUUCCUUCAGUCUUGCCUAUUACUCGUAGAGAAGAUUUGACUAUGGAAUCCAUCGAAGAUAUAGUGUCUGGGAAAACAAUUGAUUUAAAUGACUGCAAUGAUGCAUUUCCAUCCAAAAUCUCUACUAGUGACUCUUCUCCUGCUGAUUCUGAAAUUGUUACAGUAAGUAGUACAGCUACAAAUACAAGGGAAAGUCAUUUAGACCGCUCUGAAAGUUAUUUAGACAAAGCUAUGACUCAAAGGACAGAUGCAGAAGUCUGUUCUUUGUCAGAACGUCUUCAAACUAAAGAAAAUACAAAAAUAUUUUGUCAGGAACAUGAAUUUGAAGAUGUCUCCUGUCCACAACAAGGUAUUUUGCUUUGUGAUACAGAAGAGAAGAUGAAUGGACCAGUUCACACAGAAACAUCUAUGGCUAUCAGCUCUCAUUCUACUGCAUCUCCUUUUCAAGAAACUGUUACAACUGUGCCACAUAACAGUUUUUCCUGCUUUCAGAAUAACCUCAAUCAAGACAAAUCAGCAGUCAAACAACAUGGUUUAAUUACACCAGAAAAUAACUCUGGUAAGUGCCAGGAAACUUCAGCAACGGCAGAGGAGCAGGGAAGUUUAGAGAAAGAACAAGUGCUUGUUAUAGGACCCUCUUCCAAAGAAAAUAUGGCGCCAUCUUGUAGUGACAUUUUUUUGAGUGAGUGUGUCCAUUCAGAUAACGAGCAAGUUCAACAGUCGCAGACAUUUAUUUCAGAAUCUGAUGCAAACAACAAGUGUAGAACCACAAGUAUUAAAGAACUUGAAGUGUCCAUUGUUGUUACCUCUAGCGGAGAGGAACAAGAACCAAAUCCAAGUCAUAAUCAGCCUAAAAAAAGUUGUGACACUGAGAACAGUACAUCAACAAUAUCAACAAUAUAUUUUUCAGAAGAUCAGAGCUAUGAUUUAAAUAAAUCUGAAAAUGAAAAAACUCAGGAAAGAGAGAAAAGUGCUGACAAAGUUUCUGCGUGUUGCCAAAAUGGCAGCGAUAUACCUGUUUCAAGUAUGCAAAAUCUUUCUGAUCAGGAUCGUGACCAUAAUCAAGUAACAGAGACUGUGAAAGCAACUGAUAGAAGAGGUACUGACAAAAUAAAGAAAACCCUAGAAAGUAGCACCAAUUUGCUAUCUAUUGAUACGUCAUUGACCGAGUUCAAGGGGAGUACAAAAGAAAGCAAAAUAAAUGACCAAGAAUCAAAAUUAGCAAAUAACUAUGAACAAUCGUAUGAAGACAUCUCAAAGAAGCUAACUAAUUCUAAAUUUGAAGGAGAAAAAAAUGAAAGUCAAAAUCUAGUUGGCAUUGAUUCAGGAAAAAUUUCUUCAUUUUUGCAUAGCAUAGAAUCUCAUGUAGAACCAGGUAAUGAAGUUUCACCAGAGUCUUACCAUCAGCUACUCUCAAAAACCAGUAACCUUUCUUUACAAGACUCUGUUAUGGCUUCUCCCCUUAAGGAAAUAAACACAAAAAGCUUACAAGCAGCUUCUCUGCAGGGAGUACAAAAUUCUGGAAACAGUUCAGCACAAAACAAUGACUUAAGUCUCUUUGGAAUAAAGGAAACUUAUCGCAAUGCUAGACUAAGCAAAGGCUGCUUAGAUAGUGAUGACUCUGAAGAUGAUUUUCCUGUGCGUAAAGUUAGCUAUUUAAAAUCUUCAACAAAUAAUUUUGUAAAAUCAAUUAUGAAAGGUACGUCUGGUGACAGCUUUUUAAACAUUGAAAAUGCUAAUGACAAUACUAGUCAGCUGGCUGCUGAUGACUUAACAGAUAGAUCUGUAGAGGCUGAAGUAAAGCAUAGCACAAAAGACGCAAUUGUUAAACGAGUAACAGACAUAAAUUCUGAUGAGCAAAAUAAUAGAACAGUAGACCUAUUAAAGGGCAAUUCAAAUUCUGCUGAAAUGCAUAAUGAUCCAUUGAAAAAUACAAAUGCAAUAAAUUGUGUUACUGUUGAAAAAGAGCUUAACUCGAAUCAUGAUAACCCUGACAUAGGAAAUGAAAAGUCUUUCAAAGACCAAGAAAGUCAAGACGUUGCCAUUUCUGAUAAAAAUGUUCAGAAAUCAGAAAUGCAUAAUGCAGAGGAUCAGAGCGCUCAAAAUGACAACCAACCACCUAGCAGAAGUAGAGUUCCUGGUAAAAACCUCAUAUGGAACUUUGAAAGAUUGGACGAUUUUCCUGAUCCUGGAGUUAAAAAAUAUAAAAUAUCUUUAGAAAAGAAGCCUGGAAAAAAUAUAUCAGCUUCUAAAAUCCUUAAAGGGACUAGUAAUCCUGUAAAUAGUUCAUCUGGUACUGAAUCAAGGAGAGAAACCCAUAACAUUUCUCAAGUAAGAGCACUUUCAUUAAAUAAUCAGUCAGGACAGACUGUAUUGGCAAAUGCUGAUACUUCUACAAAGACACAGCAUUCACCUGAAAUCAUAAACAAAGUAAGGUCAGAAAUGGGUCCUCCACUUCCACCACUAUUGGGUCCUUUAUUGGCAACCCCACCAAGAACUGUGCGCCCUUUGUCUCCUGUUAUGUCAUCCUCAAGUCGUUCAUCUUUGCCAUCUCCCCUUGAUGAUUUGAUUUCUCCAUUGCGAGUAACUCCUGUGCCACCAGUGAUGUCACCAGUAUCAGACCAUCAGCAAUACAAAUCCCCUAUGUUUACCACACCCUCCCCUUCAGAGAAAGGUAGUCAAAGAAUACUAUCUUCGCCUUUGCAGUUUUGUGCAGCAACUCCAAAGCAUGCCCUUCCCGUGCCUGGGAGGCUGCCACCUUCUGCAGCUGUAAACUCAACACCCACUGUACAAGAAAACUCUGUUAAGAUACUAGACACUAUGUACCCUGAAUUAUCUGCUCGUGCGAGGACAUUAAAUAUUUUAAAAGGCAAUGUUCAGUUGAACAGGUGCUUACCUGGAGACUGCAAACCUGUCUCUAUUAGCCAGAUAAGUGGUUUUAAAACAAUUACAUCUACUUCAACUGCUUUCAUAAAAACUGGGAGCUGCUCAAAAACAAGCAAUGACAAAGAUGGGCAAAAAGAUGGCAGAACUAAUCAGUCUUCCAGCAGCUGUUCUGUUUUAAUAAAUAAAAGGUCAUCCGAUUAUAAUACAAUGCCAAAAAGUGCCAAAAGAUUACGACUGGAUAGUGAGUCUCCAGUUGCAGCAAACCUUAAAGCCUGCUUUACUGCUCCUGCAGAUAAAAGUUCUGGUAUAAAAGAAGAAGCUGAAUCUUGCAAUGCUGAUAAUGAGUUAGCAACCGUCCGUGUGAUCCCAGCCACUGAUGAAGAUGAUGUAGCAAAGGCUCUUAAGAAAGUAGAGGAACUGUGCUUUGACCUUUUACCUGUAAUUAUGAGUCAUAUUUACAUAGGGACACUUCCCCAAAUUCCUGUUACAAGGAAUGAGGAAAAAGAAGUUAUCUAUGAAUUCAGCUCCAUCAAAAAAGGAAAGGCUGAAGAUUUACUUCAUGCAAUUUUAAUGAAGCUGAAGAAUGAGAAGGCAUCCUUGGAUUGCAGUGUUAUACAGGCACUCUGUAGAGUUUACACAGGAUUAUGCCGUCAAAUAGGAGAUUUGGAAAGGGCUUGUGUUCUCUGUUACAGUAUUAUUACAGAAGAUUUCCCAGAGCCUGAUAAGCUGAUUCUCUUUAUAAUAAGCUCAUGGAGCAAUUUAUUAUCUCUGAAUUCUGUGAUCAGCAAGGCAUUGCAGGCACUUCUUAAGCAACUAGCAAAAGGAGAUGUCCGUAUUUGUUUGAGUGCUUACCUAAACUGGGAAAAGUCUCCUCCUCAAAACACUAGUGUUAUUCUGCAAAGUGUCCUGAUGGCAAUUCAACUCGGUAACAAUGUAAAAUUUCAUCAGAGUGAGCAAUUUGGUGAAGAUCUAAAUGAUAAAAAUUGGGAGUAUGUAUUUGCUGUCAAUCUCCUAUGUUACCACCAUAAAUGGAUAUGGACUCAUGAAAAUGUCAUAAGCAAACAGCUGUGGCCAGUUCUGGAUAAGUGGGUGAAGAGUAAAAAAGGAUGUGUAAACAUUGCCUUUGUUUCAGAUGUCGCUGUUGCUACAGUGCUCCGUCUUGUUGGUUGUUUGUGUCAGAUGGGAUUGAAGGAGGGGUUUACCGCUGCUGUUAAGAAUAUAAGUGCGGUUAUCAUUGCAUUUAUCAAGCAUGCAAAAGAGGAGGAUAUGAGUUGGGGUGUUCAGCUAGCUUCUGUAUACAUGCUCUGUGAUGUGGCUCCCUGUGACCCAGGAACAAUACACAAGACUUUGGAUGUCUGGAAGAAGGCUGCAACCAACAAUAUUCCUCCUGCUGUCAAAAGUGCCCUGGCCGAUGUUGCCUCUCUGGCUGAGGCUGCCUCUCUGGCUGAUAAAGAGAGCUAGUCAAGAUCUGCACUUCAUAUGAUACCGUUAUCCCUGAAUUUUAAGGAGGCCUCCAACUUCACCAGCAGCCUCUGUUGUCUGAUCCUCAUUAUGUAGUAAGCGUUGCUGAAGCUGGUACUGUCAGUAUCACUUUCAUUGAACUGCUCAGUAAAUGGAAUGUUGGAGCCUUUGAUAAAGUCAACUUCAGCUUCAUACUCCUCAGUGAGCCAGGAAAUACUGCAAGGUUUACUUUGGUAUCAUUGUUUAGCCAGACAUGGCUAGGGCAGCAAAUGUUGCAUCAGAUGAUCUGGAUUCUUUCUUACCUUCAAGGAUAGGUGUAUCUUUCAACAAGUGCCUUUUUUUUUUUUUUUAAAUUGUUUGCACAUUGUGAUAUAUGGGAAAUAAGCCAUUAUCUGUUAGAACUUUAUUUUUUUUAAGUUUGUAAUUUUAUAGCACAACAAAGCACACAACGUCAAACAACAAUAAUAUGUAAAUGCCAUACUCGGGCAUGUAAAUGUUUUACAGAAACUUACAUUCAUUGUAAGGUUAAAAUACAGGUUAAAUUUUACCGAUGCGGAACCAAAGUCAUCUUGUAUAGACCUGUUUGAUAGGUUUGGAAGCAAAGGUAUAAGAUCUGUUAUCUGGUACACUGCUUUUCAGAAAGCUUCAAAACACAGCAAUGCCAUCUACCAUAGUUUGCUAUUUAAUGUACGAUUGAUUUGCUUGCUCUAUUAAUAGCGAUGGUGAGAAAAUAAAGUAACUUGAUGUUAAAGGAAUAGUAACAACAACAAAAAAAAAAGUUUUUUUUUCAAGUAAUUAUUUAGUACCUGCACUGU